CGAGUCGCAUGGAGUUCCAAAUUUGGUUGGCAAGGUAUCCAUAAAUAGAAAAGUUGCCUAGUUUCAUGCACUAAGCUUAACCAUAAAAUCAGAUUGAUCACAUGUGGUUAGCAUCAAUCAUAAAAACAACGAGAUAGAGAGAGAGACAUGACUGAGGAGAGCCCAGAAGAGGAUCAUGGGUCUCCAGCCGAAACAAAUCCAGGAAGCCCUUCUUCAAAGACCAACAACAACAAAGAACAAGACCGGUUUCUUCCCAUUGCAAAUGUCGGAAGGAUCAUGAAAAAAGUUCUUCCCGGUAACGGUAAGAUCUCAAAAGACGCUAAAGAAACCGUUCAAGAAUGUGUCUCGGAGUUUAUUAGUUUUGUCACUGGUGAAGCUUCUGAUAAGUGUCAAAGAGAGAAGAGGAAGACCAUCAAUGGAGAUGAUAUCAUUUGGGCUAUCACAACUCUCGGUUUCGAAGACUACGUGGCUCCAUUAAAGGUCUACCUCUGCAAAUAUAGAGACACCGAAGGAGAGAAAGUUAACAGCCCAAAACAACAACAACAAAGACAACAACAACAACAACAACAACAGAUUCAACAACAGAAUCAUCAUAAUUAUCAGUUUCAAGAACAAGACCAAAACAAUAACAACAUGUCAUGUACUAGUUACAUCUCUCAUCAUCAUCCUUCUCCAUUCCUACCGGUGGAUCAUCAACCAUUUCCCAAUAUUGCUUUCUCUCCUAAAUCAUUGCAGAAACAGUUCCCGCAGCAGCAGCAUGAUAAUAACAUUGAUUCCAUUCACUGGUGAGAGAGACCUUUGUUUUCUUCUUCUUUCUUUUCAUAUAUUAUAUGCUUUUGUGAGUACAUCUUGAUGCUUAUAUUAAUUAUAUUGUUGCUAAAUAGAAACAUUAGAUACGUACAUUUUGAUAUUUUCAGUAUACCCAUGUCAUGGUUUUGUGUAACAGACAUACUUCUUCAUAUAUUUUUUUCGAAUCGGAUUA